AUCCUAACGUAGCUUCUUCGGCAGCCGUAAUCCUGUCGCUUUGUUCGAUUUCUGUCGAAGUCCCAAGUCUUCCUCUCGCCAAUUACCAUGGAAGUGGAUAUUAUUAAUGCCAAAACCGGGAAAAGUAUUAUUUCUUUUAGUUCACUGAAACAGUCAUCAACAAUCCAUGAUGUUAAACUUGAAUAUAAGAAGCUUAAUUCCAAACUUUCUCUGGCAAGACAUUCAUUCCGCAAAGAACCACGCGGGAGAAUUUUACGCGACGAGGAAACUUUAUCGACUUUAGGGUUUGAUAAAAAGGCUGUCCUCUAUUUUAAAGACCUUGGUCCACAAGUAGGAUGGACAACAGUCUUCCUAACUGAAUAUGCUGGUCCUCCUGUCAUUUACGCUAUAUUUUACAUGCGUCCUUCAUUCAUCUAUGAUGUUGAUGCUGCUAAUGAUCCGAAAGAUUUUGUCGUGAACCUUGCUGCCGGUUGCUAUAUAUUCCAUUUUGUCAAACGUUUAUUGGAAACCCUAUUCGUACACCGUUUCUCUCAUGCAACCAUGCCAAUUCGUAACAUCUUUAAGAAUUCGUUUUACUACUGGGGUUUCGCUGCUUUCGUCGCUUACUACGUGAACCAUCCUCUCUACACACCCCCAAUGUUUGGCGACCUACAAAUCUAUGGCGCUUUGACUGGAUUCAUUCUGGCUGAACUUGGAAACUUUUCUAUUCACCUCGCAUUCAGAAACUUACGACCGAAAAAUUCCAAAGUUCGUAUGAUCCCAUAUCCCGGAACAAAUCCUUUUACUUGGCUGUUUAGCUUGGUAGCCUGUCCUAACUACACCUAUGAAUAUAUUGCCUGGCAAUCCUUUUCUAUAAUGACCCAGUGCUUACCUGCUCAACUUUUUGCUCUUGCCGGUUUGUAUCAGAUGGCCGUCUGGGCCCGCGCCAAACUCUCUAACAGCAGGAAAGAAUUCAAAAACUAUCCAAAAAAGCGUAAGGCCAUUAUCCCAUUUAUCUUUUAAACGUACAACUUCCAUUUGUGAAAAUCUAAAAUGAAUUGUCAUGUAGAUUCAAUUCAGUGUUCUGUUUAGAAAAAGAAAACUUAUUGUUUAAUUAACAUUAUCACAUUUGAUUUGUAAAUUUUGGCAUUUUCUUAAUGUUCUCUGAACUGCACCAAUUCUGGUGAUAUUUAAUGUAACACAAUUUGUCGUUCUACAUAAAAAUCGAAGUCAUUUUUGUUUUUUCUUAUUU